AUGAGUGCUCUCGCCAAAUGGCUUUGCGGGUCUGCACCCGUUGAACACAAGGUUCUCCUGAUAGGGGAUUAUGAAUGUGGCAAAACCACGUUUCUCGAUCGCCUGAAGUUCGAGCAGGUCCGAGAGCACCCGAAUCAUACCGUCAACGUCAAUGUCGAGACGGUGGAGUACCCAAAAGGCUACAAUUGGCAUAUCUGGGAGAUAGGAGGUAUGGUUUCAUACCCCUUUAUGAUCAUUUACACGGUCCCUGGAAAAGAUUUAGUACGCUGA